AUGAGCGGAUGUUCUUUUGGAUAUGGUCCAUCUAAGCAGACAUUUCAAAGAAAGGAAAGGAUAAAAGCGAAGAAGUCAAACAAAAACAUGAGUCCAUACUGGUGUUGGUAUCUCGAGAUAGGAAGGAGUCAGUUCUAUCGAAAAUACGGGAGAGCAUACAACCAGGAUUGUGAUGAUGACAAAGCACUCAUCACGGAGCUUUGGGAUCCUGUUAAAGAGGCAUGGGAAAAUAAAAUAAAGAACAAAAGUGGAGAUAUGAGAGGAGUCAUUCGUCAGUUUCAUGUGGAUGACAGGAUGGCCAAUCAGUCUGUGGUGAAGAGAAGGUCAACGAGCCAGCGGCCGCCCAACUUCCCACUACCGAUCUGUCGGUGUGAAUCUAUUGAACAGUACGAUAUUCGCGCGAGGCGAGAGUGUGGGAAACGUGAUUUGAUGGAUAAAUUAAGAUUUUUUGAUGCUCGGAAAGUGGACUUCUCAUCUGAAGUGCUCCAGUUUAUUGCUGUCUAUCCAUACACUGCUGCUCUCUCGUCUGUUGGAGACAUCCUCGUUUAUCCCGCUGAAGUUGCCGUUGCUCAUUUCACGCUUGCAAGCGGGAAGAGUGCAUGUUGGUCUAAGCUAAUCAGCUUUCAUUCUAACGUGUUCUAUGGAGGAGGAAUUCCUGUUUGGGAUCAGAACAACAUCGUUCAUAACGCUACUUCACUUGAUGUUCCUUUGAAAGAAUCCAUCGGUACAGCACCACAGCAGGUGUGGAAGAUGUUAUGCGAGCGACGAAGUGCACGUGCUAUUACGGUCUGUGAUGCUAACCAAAUGUUAAUGGUGGACAGAGCGUUAUUCUUUUUGGCCUGCACUGCAGGAGAAGCGCAGCUACCUCUUCAUGAAGAGUUAGUAUCUACCAUGGUCACUGCUCAAGACCUUGUUGCUGUCUUAGCAUUGCACAAAGCAAAAAAGGCUCAUAAUCCAGUCCCCGAAAUCCUCACUGAUGAUUCUAUAGAAAAAGAAUUCAAGCGUUUGAGGGAAACGUGCAUAUGUUGUAGCUAUCAUGCAAACAGAGCACCAAAUCAUCCAUCACGACAACUCUGUGCUGUUGCGAAAAUUGAUAUUCUAAUUGAUAGCAUCUGCACUUUAUGUUUGUCUGGCGAUUUGGCUAAUUUUCGUGUCUUUUACAACGCUGAUAUCCAUUCCUCCGAAAUUGUAGACAUAGGUGGUUUCCAAGAUGAAUGUGAUCGUACUCCUGUGAAGAAUCAAACAACCACAACACUAAAAUUUGAUGACGCAUCCCCUGAACAUGAGGAUAAAGCCGCUCAGACAAUACUGGUGCCAAUGUAUCACCGACUGAGAAUAAUGGGAAUCACCAAGAGGAUUCGUGUUGGAUUACCGAGUGGUAAAGACUGUUCCCGAAUCUUCACCAGAAAAAGCAAGAGCGACGGUGGACCUUAUCACAGUGAUUUCACGGUUGCUACGAGAUCCAUCUAUGUUGCCAGUUAA